AGGCACAUCCGGUCUGGUACCUCUGCGAGUACCCAGAUGCACUAUAACGUUCCCUCGUAACCACUGUAAACCCAAAGCAGAAGGGAAAGAAGUGAACGUAACCACGGAUUGUUUCAGCAUGAGAUGAAGGCAGCGUAUCUGGAGAAUUCAAGAAUCCGCAUAUUUGGAAGGCCCAAGAGUUGCACUUUCUGAGAAUGCAAAGGGACAGAGCAAAAAUGGAGAAGACCAAGACUGAAGACAAUUAUCAGUGUGAGAGGAAGUUGAGGGUGUGUGUGGCAACAUGCAACAGAGCGGACUACUCCAAACUGGCCCCCAUCAUGUUUGGGAUCAAAACCCACCCUGACGAGUUUGAACUGGAAGUCGUGGUGCUUGGCUCACAUCUCAUUGAUGACUAUGGGAACACUUUCCGUAUGAUCGAGCAGGAUGACUUUGACAUCAGCUCCAAGCUCCACACCAUUGUGAGAGGAGAGGACGAGGCAGCUAUGGUGGAGAGCGUUGGGCUGGCACUUGUAAAACUCCCUGAUGUCCUACAGAGGCUGCGCCCUGACAUCCUGGUCGUCCAUGGUGACCGUUUUGACGCGCUGGCCCUAGCAACUGCUGCAGCGCUGAUGAACAUUAGAAUACUUCACCUGGAGGGAGGAGAGGUGAGUGGCACAAUCGAUGACUCAAUCCGCCACGCCAUUAGUAAACUGGCCCAUUACCACGCCUGCUGCACACGCAGGGCAGAGCAGCACCUCAUCGCCAUGUGCGAGGACCACUCUCGCAUCCUGCUUGCUGGCUGCCCUUCCUAUGAUAAGCUGCUGUCACCAAAUCACAGAGACGACUACAUGGAUAUCAUCAAGAGCUGGCUGGGUGACCAGGGGCAGGAGUGUGACUACAUUGUAGCUUUGCAGCACCCAGUUACCACUGACAUCCAGCACUCCAUUAAGAUCUACGGGCUGAUGCUGGAUGCCCUGCUCUCCUUCAACAAAAAGACCCUCAUCCUCUUCCCUAACAUUGACGCCGGAAGUAAAGAAAUGGUGCGUGUAAUGCGAAAGAAGGGCAUCGAGCAGCACCCCAACUUCCGGGCAGUGAAGCACAUUCCCUUUGAGCAGUUCAUCCAGCUGGUGAGCCACGCCGGCUGCAUGAUCGGAAACAGCAGCUGUGGGGUACGAGAGGCGGGGGCCUUUGGCACUCCCGUCAUUAACCUGGGAUCAAGGCAAACUGGCAGAGAAACGGGUGAAAAUGUUCUUCAUGUCAGAGAUGCCGACACUCAGAAUAAGAUCUACCACGCUCUGGAGCUGCAGUUUGGAAAAAGAUACCCUGGCUCUAAGAUUUAUGGCGACGGCAACGCAGUUCCUCGUAUUCUCAAGUUUUUACGGACCAUUGACCUGAAUGAGUCCCUCCAGAAGACUUUCUGUUUCCCCACGGUAAAAGACUGCAUCUCCCAGGACAUCGAUCACAUCCUGGAGACACAGAGCGCUCUGGCAAUUGACUUAGGAGGGACCAACCUAAGGGUGGCGAUCGUCAGCAUAAGGGGUAAGAUAGUAAAGAAGUAUACUCUGCCCAAUCCAAAGAACCACAAGGACAGGAUGCAGCUCAUAUUGAAGAUGUGUGCAGAUGCCAUGCGGGACUCGGUCUGCCUCAACUGUAGAAUCCUCGGUGUUGGAGUUUCCACUGGUGGGCGUGUAAACUACCAAGAAGGAGUGGUCCUGCACUCCACGAAGCUGAUCCAGGAGUGGUCCUCGGUGGACCUGAGGACGCCCAUCUCCGACGAGCUGCACCUGCCAGUCUGGGUGGACAACGACGGCAACUGUGCUGCGUUGGCUGAGAGGAAGUUUGGUCACGGAAAGGGGUUGGAGAACUUUGUCACUCUCAUCACAGGGACAGGUAUCGGAGGAGGGAUUAUCCAUGACAACGAGCUGAUUCAUGGCAGUACCUUCUGCGCUGCAGAGCUGGGCCACAUCAUGGUUUCAUUAGAAGGCCCAGAGUGUUCGUGUGGCAGCAGAGGAUGCAUCGAGGCGUACGCUUCCGGCAUGGCCCUGCAGAAGGAGGCCAAAAGGCUGCACGACGAGGACCUGCUGUUGGUAGAGGGGAUGGAUAUGAAGCUCACGGAGCCGAUCACUGCUGCCCACCUCAUCAACGCAGCCAGACUGGGGAACUGCAAAGCUGAUGCUGUUCUGAACAAAGCCUCCACAGCGCUCGCUGUGGGCAUCAUUAACAUCCUCCACAUGGUGAACCCCACGCUGGUGAUUCUGUCUGGAAUCUUGGCCUCUUACUACCAGGCUCCAGUGCAGCACAUCAUCUCUGAGAGAGCCCUCAUCUCCACCCAGAACAUCAAGAUUGUCACAUCAGAGUUGGAGGAACCUGCGUUACUCGGAGCGGCUAGCAUAGUGUUAGACUACGCAACCAGAAGGCUAUAUUGAAGGAUAUCGUCCGGAUUUACGGAGGACUGCUACCAACAAAAGGACGGGAAAACUGAAAGUAGUACUUGUACUGCCCCGAUAGAUGCAUACGCAUAUCUAAGGGAUACAGUUUGAAGGCUAGACAAGCAGUUUUGCUUGUAGUGUCUACAAAAAAUGCUAAUUCCCAAGCCUGAGUAAUGCGGUCACCAGUCCAGAUGUCCAGUUCCAAUCUGGAUAUGUCCCACGUUAAAAGGGUCCAAUGCAUGGGCCAGAAGUUCCAUUCUUUUCUACAUAGGUCUGUUUUUUUUUAGCAAUUAGCUGUUCAGCUUUUGAGUAAAUGGCAAUGCCAUCUUCAAACCAAAAUGACCCAUACAGGGUAGGACUGUGGGUGGAUGGAAACGUCUGUCAUUAUAGAAAGCUUGUAUCAGAUGUGACCAAAAUAUUGCUUCAACAUUCUCCUGCAGCUUCCUCUCAAAUCACCUUAAUUGCUUGCUGACUGACUUUUCUCACUAAUGUUGGAAUUCUCAUCCUCUAGUUGGUCUAUUUGUUAGAUAAUGGUUACUGUCAAGUUAUUAUGUUACAUUUCUCCAUUCAAUUAUUUUUGGUGUGGGAAAAAAAUAAUUAUGUUUUUAAAGAUAAUGUUUAAUGUAGUUCGGCUUUCGGGGUAAGAAAUAUUUAUUGAAAAAUCAGUUAAUACUAAAAUGAAAUGUUAAGGUAGCAGCUGGUUUAGCUGCUCCGGUGUAAGGAUGGCCUGAGGGUGAAUUGUUUUCCUUUUUUUCUCCUUUCAUUACCGCAAACCUUAUGAAGAUUCAAACUGAUUUUGAAGUUUUCUUCGUGCCUUUCGAAGAUAUAUUUUUAUCUCAAAGUGAUUAACAUGGUUUGUAUGUAAUUACAUAAUGUAUUGUGCAUUAGAUGCUGAUGGAUUUUUUUCAAUGUCUUAACUAAAGCUUGUCUUCGUACAAACCCCGAUGACUGUUUGCAAAAGGCUGGACCACAAUAUGGUUGUUCUCGUUGGGUGUUUAUGCAGCUUCUUAGUUUGAUGUCUACUCAGAAAGAAGAAGAAAAGUGCAAUUCUUACGAAGCUCAUUCAAAACAAAAAAUCUCUUUGCCUUUAGCACUUAAAACAUGUUUAGUGAUAAAUAAGGCCAAAUAAGAGACAUGCAAUAAAACAAAUAACAACUAUGAUGUAAAUGAAAGAGGAAAUUAAACAAAUUUGAUAUUGG